UCCCUGACGGAGGAGAAGAUCACCUUGCUCCUCCAGCUGAUCAGGGAGGAGCUGGAGCACAAGGCAGAAGGGGAGAAGCCGCCGAUGAAGUUCACCUCGGAGGCCCUGCCGGUGCACGUUUCCGCCUGCGUCCUGGCGCUGUGCGGCUGGACCUGCGGCGCCCUGUCCGGCUCCGCGCUCCUCUCGGUGAUCACCUGCUCGCGCUGCAUGAGGAAGGUGGGGCUGUGGGGCUUCCACCAGCUCGAACCCGGGGGCCCGGAGCUGGAUUCGUGCGGGGCACCCGCCGAGCGCUGCCCGCCCGUGCCCACGUCUCCGCGCAGGAUGCUGACGCGGAGCCAAGACGCUUUUCCUCCGGGCUCCGAGCAGCAGGAGAAGAGCCCGGCCCCGGCGGUCUCUCGCCCGCGGGCUUGGGACACCCCCAGCCCCGUGGAACGAGGCGAAUUGGAGGCGGCCAGCCCCACGCCGAGGAGCCGCCCCGUCACCCGCAGCAUGGGGCAGGGGGAAACGGUGGACGUGCCGUCCAGCCCCGUCCGCAGGGCCAAGCGGGCACGGCUCUGCUCUUCCAGCAGCUCGGACACUUCUUCGAGGAGUUUCUUCGACCCCGGCUCGCAGCAUCGCGACUGGUGCCCCUGGGUCAACGCGGUGGAGGGCGCGGAGGCCCCGGAGGACUCCGCAGCCCAGGCGCAGAAGGAGCCCCCAAAGGCGGAGCCGGGCUGGCAGGUGGUCCUGAACGUGCUCCUGGCCAUCCGAAAAUGUGACAGAGUGCCCGAGACGGAGCCUGUGAGCCUCUCGGUGAAAUCCUGCAAGGUGUUCCGCAUUUUCCGCCAGUGGGAGAGCGCCAAUCCCUCCUGAACCCGCCUCUGCCUCCGGGGACGGGGGGGGAACCGCACGGAGCCUUCGCUGAUGGCACCGGGCAGCGCCUCGCCCCGGCACAGAUCCGCCGGGGAGGCCUCAAGCAUGUGCUGAGAAAGCCCACGGGCUGCCCCAGUGCCAAACCCAGCCCCCAAACAGCCUCUGGGGACCCCCCCCCGUGUCCCCAGCUGCCUUCCUCGAAGCCCCCCCUGCCUUCGCCAGUUGCUGCUGUAGCCCCCGAGGGCUUCGACAGCUCCGUCUGGGGGCCGCGGUCACCUGCUGGGGGUGAACUUCUGUCCAGCUGGGACGGGGAGGUGAUGCCAGCUGGGAAUAAACAUUUCACGUGGUUGUUUUUUUUUCUUA